UUGUUUGCAAUAAUUGAUAUCGAUAUCUUUAUUUUGACCUUUAAAUGAGUGAUUUCGUUCCCAUUUUGAGAUUCGUAACUUUUUUUCUCCAUUCUAAAUCGUGCUUACAAACGUAUUUUAUUCAACAUCCAUCUGCACGGUAUGGCUACUUCAUAAAGAGCAUGCUUCUACCAUCAGUCAGCUUAUUGACAAAAUAAGAAUUUCCGCAUCAACAUAGAUAAUAGAUAUAUAAACAUCAAAUAAAAAAGACUAUUUUAUAAAACAAAACUGAUCAGUUUUGAAUAACAGUUGCAAUUUUGAUUGUAAAUUUCAAUACUUUAUACCUUAUUAUUUGCAUUUAAAAUGAAGCAAUUUCAACAGAAUUCAUUCAUAUUUCAUUAUAACAUAAGCUUAUUAUGUCAACUUGCAUUUAGUGGUCAUCUGAUUAUAACGGUUAUUUUAGCUCAAUCAACUUGCUGACAACUAAAGGCAGGUGAGAAUAUACAAUCAAAAUGUGUUAUACAUGUUGUAUUUGAUUGAUUUUUAAAAAUGUAUUCAAUAAAGGGUAUUUUUUUUUCUUUAAGCAUAUUAAAUGUUUCUAGUGCAAAUGAUAAAAAAACAAUAAACUAAUUUAAAAAAAAGAUCGGAUAAGAUAAAGUGAAAGAAGCUCGUAAAAAGUAAAUGUAAGUUAAAGGAUCAUUGUUAGAAUAGACAAAUAUUCUCUCUUUUUAAAAGCUUGUACAUUGAUGAAUUUUAUUUCUUUGACGCUUAUUUUUGUUUUUCGUAUUCCUGUUUUCAGAUAUACGAGUAUCUGGAUUAGAUUAUUCAAAUGGCAGAAAAUGUUUAGCUUUUGAUAAAAAUCAAGGAGCUUCUUGGCAAACGUGUGAGCUACCAAAUAAGGGUAUCUGCAAAACGAAAAAUGAACAAUUCAUGAAGGUUACCAGAGGAGGACAACAAUGGCAUCUUUCAUGGGCUGAAUACAUUGAACAGUGUUUUAUUUCCAAAUGUAACCCCAUCACAAACGAAGAUGUGAUUAACAAACCCAACCAGCUUUACGAUCUUGCAGAGAGCUCAACUUGGACACGUCUUACACAGAGUAUUGAACUUUAUGAAUAUAAUGAGUUCAACAAUACUAUGAUACACAUAACAUAUGGCUAUAUUAAAAGACAAGGUGAACACAUUACUCUGAACUUUACCCAAGACGGUAGUUUAGCUAAACGAGCCCUUUUUGAAACAUCAACACCAUCUGCUUCUACCGUGAGUCCAGCUGAGACUAGAACUGAAGAGAGCAAUCCCAAAGAAGCUAAACAAAUAUAUCAAAAUGUUGGAGUGUCUGUGGGAAUUUCGGUUACUGUUAUAAGUGUCGUCGCAAGCAUUAUAAUCAUUGUGAUAUUAAAGAGACGGGGGAAAAUUCAAAUGAAGUGUUUGAGAAAAGCCGAAUCUAAAUGUUCUGCAUAUAUUUCCAAGGAAUUACAUCCCGACUUUAAAAAUGAUAAGUAUGCCUACGAAAUGUCUUUAUGUUCUCCUUAUGAUCAAAUUGAUGAUUUAGGACUACCAUCAGAACGUUGCUCUGAUAAUGAAGGAACUGAUAAUGUCAUAAGCGGACACACCUACCUUACCUUUGAAAAACAUACAUGGGAAUCAAAUACCGAUGAUAACAUUGGGAAAAACACGAAAACAGAAACAAGCAAUGUUUAUAACACACUGAACUCAAUUGGAAACAACAAUGGGAGCAAUGAAUCAGGAAAAACGAAAAACGUACGAAACUCCUGAGAAAGUAGCCAUGAAAUCGAAAGCUCAGCACGAUAAGAAUAUAUGUGACGAUGCGACAGAAAACACAUAUAAUCAUACGGGUAGUAGACCAGUUAAGACAGGCAAAACUGACAACGUAUAUGGUGUUCUUAACAAUGAUUAAGGUGAAUACGGUGAUGUUGAUACAAGAAAUGAAAAGUGCCAGUUUAAUGGAGGAGACACGUACAGUCAUAUCAUGAAGAAAUAUUGAACGAUUGUAGUGAAAUACUACGACUAAUUCAAACUUAAAGUCUGACAAAAUAACAUAUAAUAAUUGAGUAUCUAUUUUUUUCGAUAUACUUUUAAUGAUCAAAUGGUUUUUGAUUCAAUUAUAUUUAAUGGAUUGCAUAUUUUAUGUGUAAUACGAUUGUUGCGGUUUAUGCAUUUAUUUUGCUUAUACAUCAACUGGUACUUUUGAAGUAUUUCUACAGGCACCUAAUUUUCUUAAUAUAAAUGAUAUUUAUCAAAACAAAUUCAAUAUUCGGAUUAAAUCUUGUGUAUCGUAAAUAUAAUUAAUAGAUAUAUCUUUGAAAUGAGGUGGAUCCAUAUGACAUUGAAAAUAUCUAAUAUAAGGAAAAUAAUAGUGUAACAAAUGUUUCAAAUGUAGCAACGACCAUAACGAUUCUGCUA